AUGGCUAUGACGAUUCCGUCCAGUUCUCGCAUCUUUCAACAAAUCGAAGAUAUACAAAUUCGAAUUUCACAGUGCGAGCAAGAAUUAAAGUCCCACAAGUCACCACGAUUCGAGUAUGAGGAGAGACUGACCGAUGUCAACACCCGCAUUGAUGAGGCUUGGGAACGUCUGUUUUCAGGUCAAAGCCCGAUCGAUCGUUCCGAGCUCCAGAGCAAGAUUCUGAAUUAUGGCCGUGAGGCCUCGAGGGUGCAGAGGCUUCUUACCAGCGUCGUAUCGAUGCUGUUUGGAAAGACUCUUGCAAAGGGCUUAUCGCAGUAUUGGAAUCUAUGCUGCUUCCAAAUACACCGCAAGAAGCAGAAGACAGGGAGCUCCAGCAAACACUUCCGAAUGGGUCAACUAGAGAUCAGCCGAAAGGCUCUCAACCGGCAACACCCGUCGAAUCAGUUGGGCGUCGUGGGCCUCCUGGGGCCUUGCACGGAGACCACUGACACCUGCGGCAAAAGCAACAGGCCUAAACGAAGGCUCGAUAGGAUGAUUCAGCCGCAGUGGAAGAGGCGACGAAUCACUGAGAGCCAAGAGCGGCAUAGUGACGAUUCACUGAACGAGAAUGACGGGCAGUUGCAGGAUGAUAUAGCCAGAUCUCUCACCCUGGCGAAGUCUACCUUGCUUUCAAAUCCGACGCCUGGUCGCCAGUACUUCUCUUGCCCACAGACAAUUUGCACGAUUACGACCGGGAAGAAAAGCUUUCGAUGGCGAAAGGAGUACGAGGGUGGCGGACGUCUUUUCGCAGAGCGGCAAUACCCCAUCAUAUUUUUUGAUUGCUUGGAUUUUCCGGAGAGAAGCUCAGUCGGCUGGGUCGCUGCCAGAGACCUCCGAAGCUUCGACUUAAUGGAUGCCAAUAUUGACAAGCGCAUCAAACACGUCGGGCGGGUUCGCCAGUUUGUCAAUGAGCGGGAAAAGUCACGAGCAAAGGAUAAGGAUGAUGCAUCUGCCUCUCAACGAGCAAGGUCUGUUGAUGGUGACGAUACUAGGAGCUUAGGGGCUUUCCGUCUGACGCCCAAAACCAGCUGCGGAGAUCAAUCUCAGUCAGGUGAAAUCGGAUUAUGCGCGGCCAAAAAGGACCCGAAGGUCUCAAUCGACGGGGAAUGCUCAACUGACGAUUCGGAACCAAGACUUGGGUGCGAUCCCAAUCGAGAAACAGCGAGCUGCCCCCAAUCUGAGCAGGAUCGCGAUGGCGACCGCCCCAAGGAGGACUUCGGUCUUGCACCUCAUUCGAAGGCUCCCAUAUCAACUAUGGGUUCGACCUCAGGAUCUGACGAUGGUACUCCAUGCAGCGAAGGGAUUACGAGGUCACGCCUGCAGGAUCAUCUUGCUUCUGAUACUACGAUUAUAGUGCGCGAUGAGCGGCCACCAAACACUGCCCAAGACGGACCUGAGCAAAUUUUGUUGGACCACGACGAAGCUAGAACUGCGACGCCUCAACACCAUUCGAAGGCGACGGCCGAUGCGCAGAAUUCGUCACGCUUCUACGAAAUCCUGGAUGUUGAGCCUAACAGCGAGCGAAGCUCAACCCAAUGGGCCGGACGUGGGACGCCAACUUGA